GUCAUGGCGACCGCAGCGUCUAACCACUACAGCAUCCUCACCUCCAGCGCAUCCAUCGUGCACUCGGAGCCCGGCAGCAUGCAGCAAGCCACGGCGUACCGGGACGCGCAGAGCCUGUUGCAGAGCGACUACCCGCUGCAGAGCAACAGCCACACUCUCAGCCACGCACACCAGUGGAUCACGGCGCUGUCCCACGGAGAGGGAGCCCCGUGGUCCUCCAGCCCGCUUGGCGCGGAGCAGGACAUCAAACCCGCGGUGCAGGGCGCCCGGGACGAGAUGCACAACUCCAGCAGCAACCUGCAGCACCAGUCUCGGCCACCCCACCUGGUGCACCAGACGCACGGGAACCACCACGACGGCCGGGCGUGGAGAACCACCACCGCGGCGCACAUACCGAGCAUGGCGACGACGAACGGCCAAAGCCUUAUUUACUCUCAGCCGGGCUUCAGCGUCAACGGGCUGAUCCCGGGCAGCGGGCAGGGGAUGCACCAUCACAACCUAAGAGACAGUCAUGACGAGCACCACAGCCCGCACCUCAGCGAACACGGCCACCCGCCGUCCCAGCAUCAGCACCAGCACCGGCCGCAGAGCCACCACGACCACUCGGACGAGGAUACGCCGACCUCGGACGACCUGGAGCAGUUUGCCAAGCAGUUCAAACAGCGGAGGAUCAAGUUGGGCUUUACGCAGGCGGACGUGGGACUCGCCCUGGGGACCCUGUACGGAAAUGUAUUUUCCCAAACCACCAUAUGCAGGUUUGAGGCCCUGCAGCUCAGCUUCAAAAACAUGUGCAAGCUGAAGCCUCUGUUGAACAAGUGGUUGGAGGAGGCGGACUCCACCUCGGGCAGCCCGACCAGCCUGGACAAAAUCGCGGCGCAGGGGAGGAAAAGGAAAAAACGGACUUCAAUCGAGGUAAGCGUAAAGGGGGCUUUGGAGAGCCAUUUUUUGAAGUGCCCUAAACCUGCAGCGUCGGAAAUAAUCAGCCUGGCGGACAGUCUGCACCUGGAGAAAGAAGUGGUGAGGGUUUGGUUUUGUAACAGGAGACAGAAGGAGAAACGCAUGACCCCUCCCGGAGCUCUGCCAGGGAGUGAGGAUGUGUACGGGGACACGCCGCCGCAUCACGGGGUCCAGACCCCGAUCCAAUGA